CCUGUCUGUUCCUCUCUCUCUCCUCUCUACGCAUCCCCUCCCUUUUCUGUGCCCCAAGAUUUAUGACCCAUUCAGUUUGUUUUCAAACCACCUUAUUUAUUUGUCGGUUAUACCCUUCCCCACACAUACUCUCCUGUUCAUUUUUCUUCUAUUCUCCUCUCUCUCUCUCUCUCUCUUUUUUUCUCUUUCCUCCCUCGCUCUCUCCUUUCAUUCAUCCCUGUGACGUCUGAUUCAUCCAGUUCAUCAUCGCUCUCUCCCUCUUUCCUGAGAGGCAGGAUGGGAGGGGACAGAAGGAGAGAGAGAGAGUGGGAACUGCCCGGAGAUUGCCUGAAAAAGAGAGCAGGAGAGAGAGAGAGAGCAAGUGAUGGGUAGGAGGAGGCAGAGGUUUUUCAUCCUCUUUGUUUUGUCUGAUCCGACACAAGCUACAGAACAUGUGGGCUUGACCGAGGACAGGCUUCUCUCCCAUGACGCUUCACCCUCAGCCUUCCCCUCUGUCUGUCUGCCUGCCUGGAGCUGAAGCUGGAGCUGGACUAGCUGUUGGCUAACGGAGAGGCUAGUGGCCCUGAGGAGAGCAGGAGGAGGGGCUGAGCUGAGCCAGUGGGCUCGCUCUCUGCCUCACAGACACAUUUUAUUGACUUGCUAAUUGCCUGAGACACUCGGAGGAGAGGAUGCAGUGAGGGAAGGGAGGGAAGGAACCUACUGUACAUAAGAGUAUUACAGGCAGAGGAACAGAGAAACAGUGACUGUGUUCUGCCUAUCUGGCCACCAUCUCUGCUUCUCUUUGCUGGGGGAAUUACAACAGAUGUUUGCAGCCUGCCUUUCAUUGAUCCAAGCUACGUACAUACGUGAUUCAUGCAUGACAUUAGUGUGUCUUUGCCUCGUAUGCAGUCGGAAGGAGACUACCCACCCACCACACGCUUUUGCGACACGUGAAUGAUUUCCAUAUUUAUGUUUUUUCUUGUAUUUACCGUAAAUGUUUUUCCUCUGCUGGGUCAGCUAAAACGGUUGUUUGCUGUGUUUUCUGUGUUGCCUGCUAUGUCUGGUUUGUCUUUACCACGGUACAUACCCUUUGGUGUCUGUGACGGUGCAAAAUAAAAAUAGAAACAAUUAUUUGUUAACCAAUCAAAUGUAAUAAACAAGAACAAGAAAAUAUGAAGAUUCUGAAGCGUACAAUGGAUAUUCUUCAAUGGAAAUGAAGAAAUGAUCUGAGAAGCUUACAGACUUUAGACUGGCUUGAGGCAGUUCAUCUUGUGUGCUUUUGUGGAGUGGGGAGCUACGUAGUACAGUCUUGGUGGGGAAAUGGACCAAGCUCAUUUGUUGACUCUAUCAUAAUUCCAGACUACCCAGUCUCAAACAUCAAGAUCGUGGAAAGCAAGCUCAGAUCCCUGGCUUUGGGCUGUAGAAUGAAUCUUGCGUAUGGAGAGAGGGAGGGAACGAGAAAGGGAGGAUUGUGAAUGAACCCUUGGAGGAGUCCAGUGGCAGCAGUCUUUACAGAUCAGCAAAGAGGAGGUGAAGAGAGGAUUACAGGAAGGAUUAAAAUAAAAACUAGUCUAGACCUAAUUCAGUAACUUAGCCUUGUUAAGUAUGCUCCACUAAUUCAAGAUACCUUAGAGUGAUUCUCUGUCUCGCUUGUGCUGACUCUUGAGUUUUCACGUCAUGGGUUUUGAAGCCUGAAGAAGCAAUCCAGCAAGACUCCAACCACCUCUUGACAAAGUUACCAUUCACCCACAUCAGACGUAUCCCUACGCCAGGCAGUUUGACAGUACCAUUUGACUGCUGUCUGGCUUGGCUGUUGUCUCCGUGGUGAAGCCUCCGGCUGUGGGUUGCUAUGCCGGUUCCCUGUGGGUCUGUCUUGGUCAGAGCGAAGGCACUGCCACUCCGCUGAGGUUGGUCUGCCUGUCUUCCAGCCUGCCGCCCCCAUGAGCCACGCGGGCACCCUACAGAGACGCACCACCUACCUCAUCUCCCUUACCCUGGUCAAGGUCGAGGCCGUGGGGGGUGAUGGAGUUUCCAUCGGGCCCCAGCCACAACGGACCCUUGCUCUGGGGAGAGCAGGAGUGGAGGGCCCAGAGGAUGAGGAGGAUGAGAAGCUGAGCAGGACCACUGAGGAUGAGAGAGGACAUGCAUGUGCCAAGGUGGAGGGAGAGGGGGACACGGAGAUGGAGGAAGAGGAGCAGGAGGACGUUAGCUUUGGGGGGCCUGUACAGGAGCGGGAGAAGCCUGAGAUGAAGGAGCGAGAGAGUCGUGGUCCAGGCUCCUCAAAAGAUGUCACGUUGGAGACUAAGAGCAAGGAGUCUCCCCUCUUACCGAAGAAUGUGAAAGACCAAGUGAAAGGUCUUGCAGGGGUGUCAGAUGUCCCCUCAGUGGGAGGGCUGAGGAGAGAGGGAACCCGCCCUAAAACAGAGCUCUAUAGGGAGCCACCCAUGCUGUUUCCAAGGUGCGAGGAAGGGAUGGGCGACCCAAGCAACACCCUCUCCCGGGGCAGCAUGCCCAUCACCGUACCGCCCAGGCUCACCCAGAGACCCGAGGUCCUGAUGAGGUCACAUGCCGGGGGCGGGGCUGUAAGCCGGCGGGAGUUGAGGGAAGCCAAUCAGAGUAUGCCUCCAUCCGCCAAGAGUCUGGACCGCAAAGACAACCGCAUAGGGGACCGGUCUCCCAUGACAGCUGCUGUGGCCUCUCUGGGACCUUACCGGGCGUCCUGGGCAGACAGUGAUGGCAGGUCCACCCUCCUUCGCCAGGGAGCCCCCGUAGGGGUAGGGUUUGCGGACGUGGUGACCAGGGAAAGCCCCAGAGGGGACAGGCUGAAGACAGGCUCAACCUCCCUGCCAGCCCAACCCACCCCUCAGAUGUCCAAGCCGCCGAGGAAGGGCAAGAGCCGCACUCUGGACAACAGUGACCUGCACUCCCUCUCUGAGGACCUGAAGAAGGGGAAGGACAGCCAGGGUCAGGGGGGGACCACCCAGCGUCCCCCCGCCCGUGACCGCAAGAUGCUCAAGUUCAUCAGCGGGAUCUUCACAAAAAGUACGCCUGCGCCUCCCUGCUCCAACACAGCACCCCCUAUCUACACGCCCGUUCAGAGGGGUUCUAGUGAGGAGGAAGCGGCUUGCGGUAACAGUCAAGAAUGGACCUUCAGUCGAACCGUCCAAGAGCUCCGUCUGGGGGUGUUGGGAGGUCUCCGCAGUGGGAAGUCAGCCCUGGUCCACAGACACAUGAGCGGGAGCUACCAGCCCCUGGAGAACCCAGAAGGGGGCAGGUAUAAGAAGGAGGUACUUGUUGAUGGCAACAGUCACAUUUUGCUGAUCAGGGAGGAGACAGGACCCCCGGAUGCACAGAUGGCUAGCUGGGUGGACGGGGUCAUCCUGGUCUUCAGUCUGGAGAACGAGGCCAGUUUCCAGGAAGUGUACAGGAACUACAGCGAGCUUGGCAUCCACCGCAACAUCGCUGAGAUCCCCUUCAUAGUGGUAGGAACCCAAGAUAAAAUCACCAGCACCAACCCUCGGGUGAUAGAGGAUGCCAGGGCCAGACAGCUGUGUUCAGACGUCAGGCGCUGUACCUACUACGAGACCUGCGCUACCUACGGCCUCAACGUCAACCGCGUCUUCACCGAGGCUGCCCAGAAGAUCAUGGCAGUGAAGAAGCAGGCAGCUCUACUGGCCUCCUGUAAAUCCCUGCCCAACUCCCCCAGUCACUCUGGAGGCUCUACCCCAGUGUCAGGAGUCUUCCCUGGUCAGGCCAGUAACGGUGGUCAGAGCAGUGACUACUCGUCCUCUCUGCCCUCCACCCCAGUGAUCAGUCAUAAGGAGAUCGGUGGGGCAGCAGGGGGGGAGAGGCUGGGCAGCGCCACCCCAGGGUCUGUCCGCAGUGCCCCCCGGCGACGCACCGGCUCCCGCUUCACGGGCCGUAGGGGCAGUGACUCGGAGAGGAGGAGUACAGAUGGUAAGAUAGGAGACUUGGGUAGUGGACGCUCCAUCCCCAUCAAACAGAGCAUCCUGCUGAAGCGCAGUGGGAACUCCCUCAACAAGGAAUGGAAGAAGAAAUACGUCACGCUGUCCAACAACGGCAUGCUCUCCUAUCACUCCAGCGUCAACGACUACAUGCAGAACGUCCAUGGGAAAGAGAUGGACCUGCUGAGGGUGACUGUGAAGGUGCCAGGGAAACGCCCGCCCCGUGCUGGUGCCGUCCCUUCCUGUGGCCCUCCGCCCGGCCUCAACGACCUGGUCAAAGACGUCCAGGGGCCUGAGGGGGCCAGCGCUGUCCCUGGUAGUGGUAGUAACCUCCUGCCAGUAGAGGAGGGGGCGGGAGGAGGGUUGUCUCCUGGGGGGAACAGAGGGGUGCAGCGCUGCCCCUCUACUCUCUCUAACAAGCCCCAAAGCAUGGACUCUGCCAUCGAGGGGGUGUCCAGACCCUCCUCCUAUAAAGAUACAGGCUCAGCCUCCCCAAUGGUUGACAGGAAGAAGCAUCGCAGGAAGAAGAGCAUGAACCAGAAAGGAGACGUAGCCAUUGGCCAAGCAGAUGCAAAGCGCAAAAUGUGGAAACUAAAAAGCUUUGGUAGCUUAAGAAACAUAAACAAGACAGAUGAGGAUAACUUUGACUUUCUGAUCGUGUCGAGCACGGGCCAGACGUGGCACUUCGAGGCCCAGAGUGUGGAGGAGAGGGACUCCUGGGUGACGGCCAUCGAGAGACAGAUCCUGGCCAGCCUGCAGCUGUGUGAGAGUAGCAAGAACAAGGCUCGUAAGAACAGCCAGAGUGAAGCUGUGGCACUGCAGGCUAUCCGUAACGCCAAGGGCAACAGUCUCUGUGUGGACUGUGAAGCACCUAACCCAACAUGGGCCAGUCUGAACCUGGGGGCUCUGAUCUGCAUUGAGUGUUCAGGAAUCCACAGGAACCUGGGCACCCACCUGUCCCGCGUCCGCUCUCUGGACCUGGACGACCUGCCCAGAGAACUCACCCUGGUGCUGGGUGCCAUCGGCAACCACCUGGCCAACAGCAUCUGGGAGGGACGUACACUGGGCCGCCGAAAACCCACGCCCGACGCCACCCGAGAGGAGCGGGAGUCAUGGAUCCGGGCCAAGUACGAGCAGAGGUUGUUUGUGGCUCCGCUGGCCCUGCACUCCCCCAGUCAGGGGUUAGAGGUCAACACGCUGUCAGCCAGUCUGCUGGCGGCCGUGAUGGAGAGGGACCUCCCCCGCCUGCUCCUUCUCCUGGCCCAUAGCACCAAGGACGACAUCAAUGCCCCCCUUCCCCCAGGGGGUCACCUCUCUCCACCCCCCCCUGCUGCCUCCCCCAGCCCUCCCCUGGAGGGCUCCCCGCGGCCGCCUUGCUCCGCACUGCACGCCGCCUGCCAGCUCGCCGACGUGGUCAUGACCCAGCUGCUGGUCUGGUAUGGCAGUGAUGUGAGGUGUCGGGACGCCCAGGGGCAGACGGCCAUCACGUUGGCACGUUAUGCUGGCAGUCAGGAGUGUGCUGACAUCCUCCUGCAGUAUGGCUGCCCCAACGAGCCCGCCCCUUCGGUUACCACGACACCAAGCCUCUCGGUCGCCACGACACCCAGCCUUUCCCGCAAGAGCAGCGCCGGCAGCCUCAGCCGCAGCAGCUCCAGAAGAGCAGUGUCUUAAUGUGAGGGGGGUAGAAAGCGUGUAAGAGAGAGGGGGUAUGUGUGUGGGUGGAUGUGCGCGUCAGUGUGUGUUAGAAUGCCGGUAUGUGUGUGUGUGUGUGAGGUUGUGUGGGUGGUGCAUGUGUGUUUGUAACCAUAUGUAUGCCAGGGUGGCUCUAGUUGAAGGGGGAGGCUGUGUCUUCAGUGUCCUCUAAAAAGGAACCCAUGAAGUCACACCAGGAUGUAGUCACAGACCAAAAGGACUGAAUGGACAAGCAGCUAAUACUGUCACCAUUGAGCUCACUCUUACCUGGCUCUCUGUGUGUGUGUGUGUGUGUGUGUGUGUGUGUGUGUGUGUGUGUGUGUGUGUGUGUGUGUGUGUGUGUGUGUGUGUGUGUGUGUGUGUGUGUGUGUGUGUGUGUGUGUGUGUGUGUGUGUGUGUGUGUGUGUGUGUGUGUGUGUGUGUGUGUGUGCGUGUGUGUGUGUGUGAGAGAGAGGGACUGCUCUACUCAGUGGCUCCCUUGUCCCCACUAUGGCGCUGAUGAUCGACUCUUCCAGGCUCCCCUCACCACCGCUCUGUGGGAACUUUGACAAGCGCUGGGGCCAAGAUGGUGGACCAUCCUGGAUGUUGACUUGGGUUCAUGCCCAAUCACAUCUCUCAAACCACAGGGCUGGGAGAGGAAAAUGAACCAGAGGUACAGAACUGCAAUAAUUGAAUUACCAGUGUGAGACAGUGGAUUUGUAGCUUUUUCUCACCCUACUGUACCUCUAGGUGCUUGGAAUCCCAUGAUAACAGACUACAAUAUGAAAACGCGAAGAUGCUUUCCGUUAUCAACGGCAGAAAAUGUCAUUUUAAAAUUCAAUAUGAACAUUUAUCCUGUGCUUUGAUGGUUAGGUUGACGUGAGGGAGAGCAGGUUAACUCAAAAUGCAGCUAAAUCAAUGAAGAUGCUACAUUAUGAUAAAAUGAGUAUGAGGGGGCUCGUUGAAUCCUCUGAACGGCAUUGUACUUACUCACGCAGAAACUAAACAGUGGAGCCAAGACUAACACCAAUUGCCAGUGCUGGAACGAACAUAACCACUGUUAAACCUCAUCACUGUACCACAGUCAAACAAAAUGGUCAGUUACUGAUGCUGAGCUGAGGUCAAAUUCAAAAGAAAUACUGUCCGACAGAUAAUGGAUUUGUAUUUUAAGAAUUUAGGUCAAAAUAAUAAUUGUAUAGAAAGACAUAUAUGAAAUUGAUAUUAUUACUUUACUUGUCAUAGUUAUCAAUAUUGAGAACUACUUCAUGUUCAAGAAUGUAAUUGUAUGUUCUGAAGUUUGUAUGGUAGGUUCUUGUUUGUAAUACAUAUGGAUUACUCUUAGCUGUUGAGAGAUUCAAAACUGUGACAGAUUUGUUGAUUUAUUUUAUUUGGCAGUCCGCUAUCUACAGUCAUGUGAAAAAGUAAGUACACUCCCUGGAAGUGGUCUUUUUUUAUUUGACGUAUUUGGACACAUGGAUAUCUGAGCUAAAUUCAAAUCACAUUCAUUGAUGAUCCAAUUUAACAAAUCACACAAAAAAAAAUGUACUUUGAAAAUGUUAUGCAAUUAAAAUAAACAAAAAUGCAAUUUCUUUAUGCAGAAAAGGUUAGUACACCCGUACCUUUACCAUCACAUAAAAUGGCUAAAAUUAGAAUCAGGUUCACCAAAAUAGGUGAAAAUCAUUAGAGAGUAACUUGGGAGGGUCCAGCUUUCCAUAAAGAUUAGAAACUGGUUUGGUCUUAACCGUAUGGGUGUUUGGUAAAACAUCAUGUCAAGAUCAAAAUACCUACCCGAGGCCCUCAGAAGAAAGAUUAUUGAUGCCCAUGAGUCUGGGAGGGGUUACAAAUGCAUUUCCAAGCAAUUUGAAGUACAUCAGUCCACUGUCUGACGGCUCAUCUACAAAUGACCACUGGCAAUCUACCUAGGCCAGAUCGUCCCACCAAAAUCAGCCCAAGAGCUGACUGAAAGAUGCUCAUAGAAGUCUCUAAGAACCCCAGGGUAACAUCAAGGGAUCUAUAGGCCUCUCUUGCCACAAUCAAUGUAUAAGUGCAUGAGUUAACUGUCAGAAAGAGACUGCACAAACUUGGCCUACAUGGGAGGUCAGGAAGGAAGAAGCCUCUGCUCUCAACAAAUAAUAUGAAGACACGCCUGACAUUUUCCAGACCACAUCUGGGUGAAGACCAAAACUACUGGAACAAUGUGCUCUGGACAGAUGAGUCAAAGGUGGAGUUGUUUGGCCGCAAUGCCAGACGCCAUGUUUGGUGAAAACGGAACACUGCCUUUGAACAGAAGAGCCUCAUAGCAGCCAUAAAGCAUGGAGGCGGUGGCAUUAUGGUUUGGGGCUGCCUCAGGGCCUGGCCAACUUGCCAUCAUUCAACCACACAUUCCAUAUUGUACCAGAUGAUUCUUGAGGAGAAUGUGAGGCCAAAGGCCAAAAAGCUGAAGCUGAACCGAACAUGCAUCUUGCAACAGGACAAUGAUCCAAAACACACAAGCAAAGCUAUAACAGAAUGGCUCAAAAAUAAGAAAUGGAGGGUUAUGGAAUUCCCCCACAGCAUCCUGUCGAAAUGCUGUGGGGGAACUUGAAGCUGGCCGUGCUUGCAAGAAAGCCCUCGAACAUGACAGUUGAAGUAGUACUGUAAAGAAGAGUUGUCCAAAAAUUCCUCCCUGUCGAUAUAAGAGACGGACAGACAGUUACAAGAAAUGGCUACAUUAAGAUAUUUCAUCUAAAGGAGGCAACACCAGCUAUUGAAGCUAGGGGUGUACUUAUUUUUUUCCGCACUAUGGAGUUGCAUUUCUGUACAUUUUUUGAUGAAUAAAUGAUUGCAAAGUAUAAUCUUUCAGUGUCAUUUGUUAAAUUCGGUUACCUUUAUCUGUCAAUAGUGGUGAAGUGAAGAUUACAUAUCCAUCUGUCCAAAUAUGUACAAAAAAAGACAACUUUCCAGGGAGUGUACUUACUUUUUCACAUGACUGUAUCUCCAUGACAUCACUUUGAGUUCCAAGAUGGAGACUUGUAAUGUGUGUGCAUAAUGUGUGUUUCAGAAAUGAGAAACAUUGAUUUACUGUGUAGUCAUAUCGAAGAAUAGAGAAAGAGAGACCCACUAGUGCAGUUGCUCUAUGUCCUAUUUUACUGAACAGUGUUACUGCCAGACGCCGUUUUAGUGUGAAACAAAUGAAAUGCCUUCAGUUUGAUUGAAUGUAUUGCAAUUAUUGGUAAUGUUUUGGUGAACUGCCACACCUCCAAAAGAAAAAGGGUUUCAAAACCAAAUGUCGCAGACGUCAUUCUCGAUUACCAUCCCAACUGUACAAAAUGAUCAUUAGUAAGAUAAAUCAUUGGCCUUGUGCUGAGAAUGUUUUGCUAGUGGCCACAUUAGAGACUAUUAUAAUAACACCACAAGGACCAUGUUGCUUGAAUAUCGGGACUUACAAAAAUACUGUAGUAUGAUCAUACCGCUAGUCUUUUUUUAACCGAAAAUGAAAAUCUCCAAUGACUUUGUGUCUGUAAAUAUUGUAAGCUUCUCUUUUUUUUGCAGUGUUUUUCUACUCAUGUACAUGAUUCAUGGCUCAUUCAAGUUAGCUGUCACUACAAUUACUGUCCAACCUGUGGUGUUUUAUUUAUAGAUUUGGGGGUAUUUCAUAUUUUAAUGUGAAACUUUUAUCUGCUUAAAAAAAGAAGGAAGUAGAAAACAACACCAUACAACAAAGCAACAGAAUAAAAUGUUCAUAAUAUG